AUGUUGACUAACACACUCGUUUCCUUGGCUGUUCUUGUCCCUGCAUCGCUCGCCUGGCAGCUCCACGGUCAUCAAGUGGAUGGCCCGACCUACAUCAAUUACACGACUAUCACGGGGUACUUCCUUCAAGAUGAAGCCGCGACCGAUCCCACCGGCUUCGACUACACCCAGACCAACUUCGGCCUGCUAAAUCGCGCCUACGACACCGACGCCGAGUUCGACCCCAAAGGAGAAAAGACGCAGUGGGCGCGCUUCGCAAAUAAGGUCAAGCACCUCAACGCGAAAGCCUGCCCUAACACGCAGUACAAGGUGCUGCUGAUGCAGCGCCACGGUGAAGGCUGGCAUAACGCCGCUGAGUCGUUUUACGGCACGCCCGCUUGGAACUGCUACUGGGGCCCACUCGAUGGCAACGGUACCGCCAUCUGGAACGAUCCCCUUCUAACUAAGGCCGGUGAAGCCGAGUCCAUCAAGGCCCACAACUUCUGGCGCACCCAAAUCUCAGAGCAGAAGCAGCCCGCCCCAGAGUCCUUCUACACCUCCCCCCUAGCCCGCUGCACCACCACAGCCAACACGACCUUCAACGGGCUCGGCCUAGACAACUUUUUCCCUAUCGUUAAGGAGUACCUGCGCGAGGGUAUCAGCAUCCGCACCUGCGACCACCGCAGCUCUAAAACCCACAUCGCCAACAUGUUCCCCUGGUACCGCUUCGAGGCCGGCUUUGCCGAGCUCGAUCCAUUGUUCAAUGGUGUCGACUACGAGACGAGCGAGGCUCAAGCAAAGCGCAACAAGGUGCUGCUAGACGAGCUAUUCACGAUUGAUAAGAACACCUGGUUGAGCUUCACGGCACACUCUGGCGAGAUCGCGAGCUUGUUGGGCGUGCUCAAUCACAGGCCAUUCCGCCUUGCAACGGGGCAGGCGAUCCCUGUGUUGGUCAAAGCCGUAACGUUUAGGAACCCCGAGAACUUCCCGCCUACGAGCACUAUUGUUAGCUGGACCCAGCCGUCUACCUGUACGGCGCUGCCUGUCCAGAGUGUGGAUGGUAAAUGCGUGUGCCCUACGGCGACCACUGGUGUUUGCAGCGCGACAGCAACUCUCACAGCAGUGCCUUAA